ACAAUCUAGCAGCACAAGGCACGCGCUCGCCUCACUCUGAUUGAACAUGUUCAAAAUAACUUGUCUUCUAUUGUUGGCUGUGAGCUCGUCACAAUGCCAGCGGCCUGAAGACUUCUCCACCUACCACCUGCUACACCUACAACACGAGCCGCCUCUGUACCCUGUGUUCGACCAGCCCCCUCCUACCAAGUUCUCGUGUGAGGGUCGUCCCAGAGGAUACUACGCGGAUGUUCAGAGCGGUUGUCAGGCUUUCCACUUUUGCUGGAGACAGCGCCUCGUGAGCUCAGAACUAUGUAGCAACGGAACACUUUUUAACGAACAAUUCCAGGUCUGUGAUCAUUUCUACAACGUGAGAUGUGGCUCCCCCUAUGAAGAUCUGUGAUUCAAACCCAUGUUCCUUUAUUUAUUUUUUUAUUAAUAAAAAUGUUUGUUUAAUACUUCUUAUUUAUUACAAAUAGUUUUAAACAUUUAUGUAACCACUUCAAUAGUCUAAUGUCAAUAAAUCCGAUAGUCCGCUAGUCUAGUACAUUGAGCUCCGAAAUUUAAUUAAUCGUGAACAAAUAUAUUGUUAAAAAUGCAAUGCAAUAAUGAUGGGUCAUUAAUAAGAAAUAAGAAGUAUUAACGCUAUUAUAAAAAAGGAUUCUGACACAUUUUAUAACAAGAACUGAGACAGGACUGUUCGCAGCCUCCCAAGCU